CUUGAAUGUUAAAUGUUAAAACCAACCAAGAUCUGCAACAACAGGAAAGUACACAACAAUUUCGCAGGUAAUGUGUUGUUGAGUACUACCUUAGAUCCAAUCUUAUGUCUUUACGUCAAAACCUAGCCGCAGCUUGAACACAACAAACCUAGUAGCAGUGGUUGAAUUCAGCCAUAAUCAUCAUCAUGGAUUAUUUAGAUGAAGACAUCGUUCCAUUCCACAUCCUUUCGCCACUUGAUCAUAAUCAAAGAAGAUCUAAUGCGUAAGAUUUGCAUCUCCACUUGGCCUUCCUUGCUUUACAAAGAUGGGUACCCUUGCCGAAUCAUCUCCAGAUUCCCCGGUAGUUACCGUUACAACUUUCAUGUACGCAUUGAUGUAUUUUUACAUGGACAAGGAGGAGAACCUUUUUAUAGAGAUCUUACAAUGGAACAAGUAGACACAACAGAAUAUCCUUGGGCCCACUUGGGAGAUAGAAAGAAAUUCUUUCAUUUAAAGAGAGCAGGCUGUGAGGAAUACUUGAAACAAAAUAUGAGGUUUAGUUUUGUGGUUGUCGAAAUAAAAAGAAAGUGUGUGGGGAGCUUGUUUCAUCCUUCUACUUGUAAACCUGUUUCGGUGAAAGAGAGGAGCACAGGCGUGCUCAGAGGGAUUGAUUUGGUGUUUGAGACCUUCAUACCGGCAGCACCUGUAGGGUUUUAUACAGAGAUGGUCAAGUGUGAGGUGAAGAUCACGUCCGUGGCUGGGAAGAAGGUAAAGAAGAUAGGUUCUACAUGGAUAUAAUUAACUUUACAAUGAAUGGAAAACAAUUGACUUCGUGGUAUGGUAGCUUAAUCAUCUCCAAUUUUAUUGAAAAUGGGGUGAGGAAGAUCAAGAAACAAACUUGACAAGUUCUCGGAUGGAUGGUAAAGGUAAUUUAUAUUUGUGUAGGUUUUAUUUUAUAUAUUCUAACCUAAAUCCCUAAGGAUGAAGGUUUUAUUUGUGUAGGUUUUGAGUACGAGUUUGCUGUUUUAGAACGUGGUUUUGAGUUUGAGCUUGAGUUUGAAGUUGAAUUAGCAGUUGAGUUUUCCAUUAUUGACACAUAAUAUUAAUGUAUAUUGUUAUAACUUUUUUUAAUGAAAUAAAUGGCUCCGGUUAGAUGCA